AUGGGGAAACAGGAAAACCAAAGUUACUCCAUUUUUGAUCCUUGUGAGGUAGAUUUGUUAGCAGGAGUCCAUUAUGCAGGACAAUUAUCUAAGAAUUGGUAAUCUAAUUGUGGUAACAAUAAUAAUUAUAGUUGCACUAUAUUUGUAAAUGAUUCUCCACAUCUGUUGAAAUGGAAUAGAUUUAUAACGCAAGAGGACCAAAGACACCUCAGAAUCACAGAUAAAUCUGUAGUAUAACCAUGUAAUAAUAAGAAUGUGUUUCAGAACAGCACAUUGGCUAAUCAAGUUUUUAGAUUCAAGACUCAUUAGUUCCCUUCAUUACACAUGACGCAAUUUCUGGAACUGAAAUGCUUCCUUUCAUUUUUAGCUGCAUGUGUCUUUUCAGAGAAACAUCGUGGCACAAAUUGGGGAAUUUCCCCCCAGCUUUCCCUUCCUUCUCUCUGGGGAUAAAUAGACACUGGAGGAGAUGAGCCCAUCAGACCUCGAGGGACUCUGUUCUUGCUGAAUAUCUGUCGUGCUCUGAAAUUGUACUCUAAACUGACAGAAUGCAGAUCUCCAUGGUGGCUCUUUGCCUGCUGCUACUCACUGCCUGCUGUACUCAAAUUCAGUGUGUACCAGGAAAUUUUUCCCCAACAUCUUGCUGUUUUAACUAUGCCAAGAAGCGGAUGCCUAUAGGACUUUUCAAUGACUAUUAUAACACCAGCAGCUCUUGUUCCAGUCCUGGAGUUAUAUUCAGAACAAUCAAAGGACAUGAAAUAUGUGCCAAGCGAAGUGACAAAUGGGUGAUUGAUUAUAUGACCAGACUGGACCAAAAUAAUCUUAAUCUAAGGAAGAACUAUGCUUUCCGUAAUAAAAUCAUCUUCAUGCGUGACAAUGCACCAUCUCAUGCUGCAAAGAAUACCUCUGCAUCAAAGGCGGCUAUGGGGAUAAAAGGAGAGAAAGUCAUGGUGUGGCCUCCAUCCUCCCCUCACCUCAAUCCUAUUGAGAACCUUUGGAGCUUCCUCAAGCAAAAGAUCUAUGAGGAAACUGACAGAAUGCAGAUCUCCAUGGUGGCUCUUUGCCUGCUGCUACUCACUGCCUGCUGUACUCAAGUUCAGUGUGGACCAGGAAGGAAUUUUUCCCCAACAUCAUGCUGCUUUCAUUAUGCCAAGAAGCGGAUGUCGGUAGGACUAUUUAAGGACUAUUAUAUCACGAGCAGCUUUUGUUCCAACCCUGGAGUCAUAUUCAGAACAAACAAUGGAAAUAAAAUAUGUGCCAAACCAAGUGACAAAUGGGUGACUGAUUAUAUGACCAUACUGGAUCAGAAUGCUUUUUCUCUGUAACCUGGGGUGUGUUUGGUUGUGUACUGAGCAAUGUCAAAUCAACUGCUUAAGAAGGAGUCAUUUCCAAUGGAUAUCUUACUUAUUUAGACCUCAAAAUCUUUUAUGAAAUGUUUUAAAAUAUUUGUAUAGAUACAUGUCUUUUGUAUAUUAAUUUAUUGUUAAA